GUUCACUGCCAUCUCUCUCUCUCUCUCUCUCUCUAAAAGUAGCAUGGUUUCUUGUGGAUUUUCUGUGAUCACAAAGAAGACAGAGGUGGUGGCAGCGGUGCUGCCAAUGCAGGAGCACUGGUUACCAAUGUCAAACCUGGAUUUGCUUCUACCACCCUUGGACUUUGGAAUUUUCUUCUGCUACAAGAAAAGACCUGACCAAGAACAGUUCGAAAACAUGGUGAACACCAUUAAGAAAGCCUUGUCUCAAGCCCUCGUCUCCUUCUAUGCAUUAGCCGGAGAAGUAGUUCAGAACUGCCUCGGCGAGCCUGAGAUUCUUUGCAACAACCGAGGCGUCGAUUUUGCCGUAGCUUAUGCAGAUGUAGAGCUCAAAGACCUGGACCUCUAUCACCCUGAUGACUCCGUUGAUGGGAAAUUGGUCCCCAUUAAGAAGCAUGGUGUGCUUGCCGUUCAGGUGACAGAGCUCAGAUGUGGGGGCCUAGUGAUUGGAUGCUCAUUUGAUCAUCGAGUUACCGAUGCUCAUUCUGCCAACAUGUUCCUUAUUGCAUGGACACAGAUUGCUCAAGGAAAAUUUGUAUCUCACACUCCAAUUUUCAGGCGUUCAAUGCUCAAUCCACGACGCCCAAGUCAAUACGACAAGGCCAUUGAUAAUAUGUACCUUUUUUUGUCAUCGCUACCACCACCACCAAAAGAUCUCGCGCCCAAUGAAGAUCACCUCAUUACUCGUAUCUACUACAUCACGGCUGAGGAAAUCGACAACCUCCAAUCUGAGGCCAGUUCCAAUGGAUCCAGGAGAAGCAAACUCGAGUCUUUCACAGCCUUCCUGUGGAAGAUUGUGGCGGAGGGGGGCCAUGACCAUGACAAGAGAUGCAAGAUGGGCAUUGUUGUGGAUGGACGAGGGAGGUUAAACAAAGUUUUGUCAUUGGACAAUUAUUUUGGAAACGUUCUUUCCGUUCCAUAUGGUGAGGCAAGCGUAGGUGAAAUCAAGAUGAUGGAGCUCAAUCAGGUUGCAGAUUCUGUCCACGAAUGUGUGGAACAUGCUAACCAGGAACAUUUUCUGGGGCUGAUUGAUUGGGUCGAGUUGAAUCGACCACAGCAAGCCAUAGUAAAGGUCUAUUUCAAAGAGAGCAACGACGAAGCGGCGAUCGUCAUAUCAUCAGGCCAACGUUUUUCAAUAUCAGAAUUGGACUUUGGAUGGGGACGACCCGAUUUCGGGUCGUACCAUUUCCCAUGGGGUGGACAGACUGGGUAUGUGAUGCCAGUGCCUAGCAUGAGUAAGGAAGGAGAUUGGGUUGUGUACAUGCACCUCCUUGAAAAGCACUUGGAUUUGGUUGAGAAGGAGGCAUCACAUGUGUUUAGGCCCUUAACUCCUGCUUAUCUGAACUUGAUGACUGAUGAUUCAGAGAUGGUCACUGAAAAGAUUAAAAUGAUAAAUGUAUGACAUUUCAUGCAGUUUGUCGUAAGUAUAUACAUGUAUGACAAUUCAUGCAGCUUGUCGUAAAUAUAUACAUGUGGCUUUUGUAUUUCUUAAAUUAUGUUGUGUUUAAGUGAUAAUAAAAGAAUUCUU